GUUCAAGGAGAAAAUCAAAACCAGUGGCUAUGUUGCUAAGGAUGGAAAGGCCCAUUGCAUCUCCCCAUUGCUAUAUGAGACUGGUUUCAUCCCUUUUGAAGUUUCUACAGAUGAUGGGAUGACAUUUCCAUACUCUGGAACUUGGUUAUCAGUACAUCACAGCAAAGUUUUGGAUGGAGAAAAAUGCACAUUGGUAAAUACUACAAAAUGGCAAUACUAUGGCACCCCUAACACUGAUGGAAACUUAACUCUUACCUGGACACAUCAGGCACUUGCAGCAACCCGCAUCAACAUAGAAGUCUGGGGAUACCAUGAAACAGGUGACAGUUACUCGGAAAACUGGUUGGCUGAAUGGAAAUAUCUUUAUACUUUGGCAAGAGAAAUUCCCAAUACUGGGAUAUUUUCUUUUAUUCCUGUUCCUGCUAAAGAAAAUUACAGUAUGUGGGACUUUGGAAUUUUGAGACUUACACCCAGCAGCUAUUCUGAUGGGCAGAGGCAAGUAUAUCACAACAUUCGUUUAUCAUAGGUACCUGUUUAUUGGUUCCUGUAUUAAAGCUGCUGUCUCCUUUGA